CUGGUUCCAAACUUUCAUUGGGGAUUGGGUUUCCCAGUUUUGUUAUUUGCCUACAGGCACUUUCAGCCGCCACAUCAAAACACCACUCUCUAAAGCGGAAAAAAUCAAUGUCUUCAUGCAUAUAAGGAACGAAUAAGACAGGAGGAUCGAUCUUAUUCAACAUUGUAGUGUACUCGUACCGCACGAUUAUUAGCCAGUUCUGGUCGUUCUACCAUCCAUUCAAAGGUGCUCCAGCGGGCCAGCAGACAUGUCAGACGAAGAGGACUUCUGUGACUUCGAACCUGACAACGACGAUUGGAACUGUGGAGCCGUGGAUCAGCCCUCUCCGGCGUCCGACCCCGAGACUGAAGCGACUCUGCGGAAGAGCUCCAGCUCGGUGAAGGAAUCGGACGCACAGAACAGUGAUGAGGAGCUGAGCUUCUGCUCCGAGGAGACCGUGUCCUCCAGCUGCUUGUCCGAAGCCGCGGUGCACCAGGUGGGCCUUGACCAGAACAGUAGCUGCAGUGGCAGCUCGACAACCAAUGGGGUGGACGAGAACGCGAGCGACUACUGCGUGGGGGGCUAUCAUCCGGUGCGAUUGGGCGACCUCUUGAGCCACCGCUACGUGGUGCUGAAGAAGCUCGGCUGGGGCCACUUCUCCAUCGUGUGGCUCUGCUUCGACCUGCAAUCGGAGGUCUACUGUGCCAUCAAGGUGUGCAAAUCGGCGGAACACUUUGCGGGCACGGCGCGCGACGAGAUCACAUUGCUGAAGAAGGUGUCCAAGUACGAGUCGCACGCACUGCGCUCCCACCUGGUCUCGCUCACGGACAACUUCUUUGCGAGCGGACCGAACGGCACGCACCACUGUCUGGUGUUCGAGGUACUCGGGCAGAACCUGCUCUGUCUGAUCCAACGCUCCAACUACCGGGGUAUACCCAACUACAAUGUCCGGCAGAUUGCCCGUCAGGUGCUGGAGGGCCUGGCCUAUCUGCACGGCCAGUGCCGGAUCAUCCACACGGACAUCAAGCCCGAGAAUGUGCUGCUCGAGGCGGACGACCUUAAUGUGCGGAGCAAGGCCGCUGAGGCGGCCAACACCUAUUUGGAGGCCCACACCAGGCAAACUCCGACCCGAAAGCCCCACUGCCGUACCAGCCAUACUGACGACUCUCCAGCGAAUCCCCUCCCUGCUGCCAUGCCGCCCGGCCGUGAGGAAGAGACUCGCUGCAGUGAUGCCAAGCUGACAAAAACGGCCAAGAAGCGGCUUCGGGGACAUAUCAAGCGCACGACCAGCUUCUUCGAGACGCAUCGCCGUUUGCUGCGCCGGCGCGCAGUUGAGGAUCUAAUACAGCUGGCCAGUCGCAGUCUCCUCAGCCCUUCCACCGCCGGCAUGGGUGUGACCGGGAUGCUGCCCUUCAUGCCCUUCAGCUUUGACGGUCUGACGAUCCUCGAGGAGUACGACAUCUUUCACUUGGAGCGCUUCGGUCACUUGGAGAAGGACACCGACGCCGCCGCCUAUGCCAUGAAAUGCUUCCUCCUCGAUUGCGAGUCCUUCGACAGCAGCGAGCCAGUCGAUUUUAGAUCGGCGAAGAAAAAGAACCGUUUGAAAGCAGGCAACCACCAUUAUGCAGCCGCUGAUGCCGUUGACGCCGCGGAUGCCAUGGAGAGGAGCCUGGCCAAGGGAUCGAAAAUGUUGAAGCUUCUCUACAAGAACCCGGUGGCUUUCAUGCGCAUCGUCCAGGAGAAGGUGCUGGAGGCCGAUCGUGCCGCAGAACUGGACCAGCCGAAGGUGGCGCCAGUGACGAACCGCAAGUGGAAGAACGGAAGUGCUCGACAAAAAGGUGGAAAACAGGGGAAACAUCGGUUGUCCGAGACUAAGGUGGAUGCGAAUGGGAAUGUGCGGGACCGCAACAUAGUCGCGCGCCGAGAUCCGGCUCUGUUCCCGUGCAAGUUGUCCGUGAAGCUUGCAGACAUGGGCAAUGCCUGUUGGUUCGACCAUCACUAUACGGACGACAUACAGACCCGGGAGUACCGGGCCGUGGAAGUGAUCCUUGGGGCUGGCUACAACGAAACGGCAGACAUCUGGAGCGCUGCCUGCAUGUUCUGGGAGCUGGCCACCGGCGACUACCUCUUUGAGCCCGGCAAGGCGACCGACUCGGCCACCAGUGACGAGAUGCACGUCGCAAACAUCAUCGAGACGUGCGGCCCCAUUCCCCAGUAUCUCAUUGACCAGGGCAUAUACUCGUCGGAGAUAUUCCAGCCGGAUGGACAGCUGCUCCACAUUACCCAUCUGGAGAAGCGCAACCUGGUCUCCGUCCUAAUCCACGACUACAAGUGGGGGACGAACGCUGCCUGCGAAUUUGUGUCGUUCUUGAAGCCCAUGCUGAACCCUGAUCCACGACGUCGCAUGUCGGCCACCAAGGCGUUGAACGACAGCUGGCUAAUCAUGGAAGACCGCUUGCAGGGUGGUAAAGAUGUCCCGCUGCCCAAACCAUCGAAAAUACCUCGCCUACUCAAGACAAGCUAA